UGCAGGUCAGGCGUUCUGAGCUUUUCCUGCUGACCAAACCAGCUGGGCCUGCGCUCUUCUGAAUCUCGGCAAAUAAUUGUCACUGUUGAAUAUCUCUACUACUUAGGAGCAUAUCCCUAGUACUAGUAGCGAAAGCAGUGGAUUCCGAGUAGUAUGGAUCAUAGAGGAGUUGCCCGCAAUUGCUCAACGGAGGAGAGCAACGAGUUUGAGUUCCAUUUGGAGAUGAACGGCGGUGCAUCGCAGGUACGUUCUGCAGCCGAGCACUUCCAAGCACUUGACGGGCGGAGUGCACACAACCGGCUCUUGAGCAUGGACGAAGAAGAAGCAUGUUUCUACCAGGAUGAAGGCAAUCCAGUCGACGGUGGAGCCUCGGUUGUUGAUGCCCACGCCUUCGUUGAUAGUGAGCGGUUUGAAGACAUGGUCGAGGAGGGUACAUUGCACUCGCUCGAUGAGCGCUCACCUCAGCGCGACAGCAGCGAUGCCCCCGAAGCUCAGAAGAACGAUUCAGCCAGGGUGGUUAAGAUCCAAACCAGCGGGUUCGGCAAAGUUGUGCACAACCUUCUGAGACAAGCAAGGGACAAGGUCACAUUCCGAGAGCUGCUCGAUGGCUGCAAGCAGCGCGUGCGAGAUGUGGUUGCACUUGGGGGGGAAGAGCGCAGCGGGCGCAGUGGGGGGGGGAAGGAUCGGCGCGUGAGUUUCCGGGCGGACAGCGUGGCGCAGGCGGCGGAGUUCCGGCAGGUGUUCCAGGAGUUUCAGCAGCUGGCGCGCGGGCUGCCUGUGUCGCCCACGCCGGUGGAGGCGCUCCUCAUGCAGGUGACGACGGGGCAGGGCAGCAUCAUGCACUUUGAGGACGCCCUGCGGCUGCAGCAGGAGGACAGCGAACAGCGCAAGAAGGGAAAGAAGGGCAAACAGCAGCCAAUCUCGGGAGGAACCCAGCUGGCGGGCCUGGUGUUGGAGAAGGGUGCGGAGCUGCAGGUGGAGAACGAGCAGCUCAAGAAGAAGCUGAAGGAGCUGCAGGAGGCUGUCUCGAACGCCAACACGCGCGCGCUCAAGUACGAGAAGGACAAGAAGGAGCUCCAGGAGAUCAUUGGCAAGAAGAAGCUCGUGAUUCGGAAGCAGCGUGCGUCGUUCCUGUGCGACCUCGCAGUGGAGAAACGCAAGCGGAGCAAGCUCAAGAUGAAGCACGCGGUGGCGAUCGCGCAGUACGCUCGCCGCCUCAAGCACGUCGUCACCACGCUCACCAUGCACAACUCCAAGCUCGCCAAGGAGGCCGACAGUAGCCGGAAAGCAAAGGAGAGCCGGAAGAAGGAGCUCGAGCAGCAAAAGGCUCAAGAAGGUUCCCACACGGGCAAGAAAGCGAAGCGGAAGCGGCAGCCGCGAGACGGCGAGGUCCUUGUCGAGGAGGGGGCGACGCAGGACGGGCAGCGGCCGACGGAAGGUCGCCCAAAAGCGCCCAAGCGACGUCGAAAGGAAGCCCCGCUGACCGACCGGGGCGACCCUCCGGUCGCUCUGGGACCCAACGCCCGACUCCUCACCGCGUACAGUACUCCUGGGGGCUUGCUUCACGCAGCCGGAAUCGACCCCGGUAUCUCGUCGCCGGCCACAACCACGGUCGGGGCACAACGUCCGGUCACAGAUGCGGUCGGAGCGCAAUCUGCGGCGGCUCCCGAGGCCCCCGGCACGAGCUCGGUAGACCUCGAAUCCACCCCGACUGUUUCCGCAACGCCCCAGACAAAUGCAUCCGAGAUGCUAACCCAACCACAUCCUUCUCGGCAGACAGUGGAGCUGCCAGCUGCGAAUGGGACCCUGAAGAGCAGGAAACGGAAAGCACCGCAAGCAAACAGGAGUACAGGGUUGCCACAGGGUUGAGCUCAGUAAGAAAGAAGCGUCGAUGUUGUCAGUAGUCUCACGGAAGUCAAGGGGUCGGAUUGCUAGCCUAGAGCCGUGUACAAAGGAUGCAGGAAGUUGAUCCGUACUGACAGAAAUGUGCAGAUUGUACAUACUAAGACCGCCACAGGCGGCGCCUCUCGCUGCCUUCAACUUGGAGAAAGUGCUGGGGCUUCGUCGUCAAACGACCGGGAGUUGAAACGGACUCGGUGAGAGAGUCGAUCUCAACUGUGCUCUGUUGCGAUGACAAGCUUGGAGGAUGAGUAUGAUUGUAU